CUUCAGGAGUAAAAUAUAGUCCUUAGCUUGUCCAUCUACACUAGUGGUUCUCAAAGUAUGGACUAGAGAAUCCUGGGGAUCUCUGAAACCCUUUUAGAGGGUCUACAAAUUCACAAAUAGUUUUUAUUUCCAAUAUGGUAAAUGUCUACAAAUAUAACCCAGAUAAACAAAAACGCUUUGGAGAAAUCCUCAAUAAUUUUUAAUAGGAUAAAGAUACUGAAAACAAAAGUUUGAGAACCACUGAUCUAUACCAUCUUAUGAUUCCAUGCCUUAAUUCCCAGUAUGUUUGACGAUUGGUUUGGUGUUUUGUUUGCUUGCUUUUCUUUGGGAUUUUGUUUUGGAUAGACAGUUGGGGUUAAAUGAUUUGCCUAGGGUCACAAGACUAGUAAAUAUCAAGUAUGCAGAUCUGGAUUUGAACUCAAAUACUCUGAACUCCAAGACUAGAGCAAUUUUAUGUUCUCAAGUUUAAAUAUAGAAGUCCUCCUAUUUUAUUUCCUACUCUUUUAUUUUAGGGACAAUAAGGUUUCCAGUCCACUUGAAAUGAAUUGUUGGUCCAAAUCAUAAAUCGCCUGGAACAAACCCAGUUAACUUCAUUGUUCUCUGACUUUUCUCAUCAUACCACUUCAUACUGUAUUUCAUACUACUCCAAACUGUAUUUUGAUAACAAUGUAGCUUAAUAUUGGGCUGUGGUUAGAGAUAGAUGUUUCAUUUUUUAAACUAAGUUAAGACUGUUAACCAUUUUUACUAUGGCUCUGUUACUAAGGAUAUGAACCAAAUACUCGAUUGGUAUGACUGUAGGCCAGUAGUUUUUGGACAAUUAGCAGAAAAUAAUUGCAAAUAAAUUUGAAGUGGAUUUUAAAACCAGCAUUGUAAACAACAUUUCUAAAAGUUUAAUAAUUUUGAAUUGAGCCCUAAUAGUCAUCCUGGCCACCAAAUGGCUACUUUUUUGUGAAGUAUGUUUCUCUAAAAAUAUUGGAAAAUAUAUUUAAAAUUGUAAUGCAUCAAAUUUUAUUGCAAAAGAGCAAUUUUUUCCUAUAACUUAGUGCUCACAUUUGCUAUAAAUGAAGGUUUAUAUAGAAAAGUACUUGCUGGUAAAUAACUCAACCCCGUUUUAUCUUUAUCUCAUUUUUGCCAGUUUUCUACAAAACAACACAAAGCUCUUUUAGCAGAAGAAAAUUACAGUCAAUCACAAGAUGGCUCCUUCCUGCCCUUCAUUAUCCUCUGUGGUGAUCUUUUUCUUCUUUAAAAUAUAUAAGAUAAAGGUUCUCUCUGGGGGAGAAGGUUUCUCGAGGAGAUUUUCUGGAGGCAGCUUUAGUUUCAGUUAAGAGUAAAUAAUCACCCAAAUUGCAGCCAGGUGAUAUAAAUUCAGAUCUUUUAUUGUCUCUAAUAUAGCCCAAUUAGUUUAGAGGCCUAUCUCUCUGUUUGGUUCCAAGAGCUCUCUCCGAAUGUCUCCAAAUCCAAAGGUUUUGUCCUUCAGCCUCUGCCUCUACUUUCUUCAGCCUCCAACCAGCACAAAUAUAGAAUGAAUCUCUUGUCUCCUUCAUUUGGGGCUCAGCUAGCUUUCUGGCAAGUCUUUCAGACCAACUUGGUCUCAGUGGGGGAAGUGCAGGAGCCCAGCCACCACAGUGGUAUGAGAUGAAGAUGAAUCUGGUUGUGCCUCUGGGAGAGCCUUCUCAAUCUUCAGCUCAGCUCCGACUCGUGGUUUCUUUUGACUUGGCUGCUCUUCUCUUCAUGUAAUAUGGCUGAAUUCUGUCUGAGAGCCUCUGUCUGUAUCUUAUAUAUGAGAGAGAGGAAUUGUGGGAUGAGAGAGAGGAAUUGUGGGAUACGAGAGAGGGAUUAUGGGUUUCUCCCUUAAUGCUCUCCGUCCCUAAGAGCUUCAAGGGAGGUAUGAAUUCACAAAGUUACAAAGUUUACUUUGUGAAACUCCCAUUCUUGUGAACUCCACUGAGUAAAGGUGUGAACACAAGCAUUGUAUUAAUUAGUUCUACUUAGUACCUUGUUUCAGUUUCUGGCCCAAAACAUCUUCUUGUAAGAUCAGAUCAAUAAUCUAUCAACUCUUAACUGUUGUGAGUUCAAAUGUCCCUGGCCUCACCAUUUUGGAGUGUGGGGAUUGCUUAGAUCUGACAGUUUACAGCCUUGGAGGUAUGCUUAGAGAGUGCAUUGAUACAGACAGUUGAAGUGUUAGCGGACAAAGUAUUAGGCAAUUGUAAAAUAUCUCCAUCAUUUCAGUCAUCCAUUUUAAAAAUAUUUGCUGAGGAAGGAGCUGCUUUCUAAUUCUCCCUUUGCACCUUCUUUCUUGCCUAGGUCGGACAGGGGGUGAUGUAAUUUGCCUGAGCCUGCCUUCCUUUGUCUGACAAGGUCAGAGAGAUGGCCUUUCAGAUCCAUUUUUAUCUUUAAAUUUGUGAUCCUCCAAUCUGUCAAUUAAAAAUUCUUUACUAAGCCCUUCCUGAUACUUGGCUAAAGCUGGAGAGUAAGGAAGAAACAAGUAUCAAUAGACCUUGCUCCUCAAGGCAAGGGGAAGAUGUGAAUACAAAUUGGAAUGCACAAGAUAUUUACUGUGAGAUACUAAGGAAACCUUAGCUAGAAAGCUCUAGCACCCGGAGGAACAGGAAAAAACUUGAACUGAGUCAUGAAGAAUACCAAAGAUCCAAGAAGGAGGGGCAUUUCAGGCUCGGGCUAGAAUCAGGGCAAAGGCGCAGAGGUAGGAAAUGAAGCAUUGUGGGUGGAAUUGCAGUUGGAUGGGUGGAAAGGGUUAGCUAGGUGGUACAGUGGACCUGCCUGGAAUUGAAAGACCUGAGUUCCAGUGUGGUCUGAGAACUAACCGAGGGACCUUUGGCGAAUCAUUUACCUGUUUAUCUCCAUUUCCUUAUCUGCAAAAUGCACUGGAGAAGAAAAUGGCAAACUUUUCCAGUAUACUUGGUCAAGAAAACCCCAAAUGGAAUCAUGGAGAGUUAAGACUGAAAAUAUGACUAAACAACAAUUUUAUUAAAAUAAGUAACUUGUACUUGGGAAAUAACUUAAAAAAAUAAAUUUCUUUUUCAAAAUUAAAAAAUAAAUUUAUCCUUAAAAACAAAACAAAACACAUUUUCAGACGUCGGUCUCCACUUCUCUGGCUUAGAGCUCUUCCAGUAACAAAGAAAAUUAGUUAAACUAAAACCUGCCAGCGCAAUAACAUAUCUAAGUAUUUGCAGUUAGCACUCUAUACCUGUAGUCCCCCUCUUUUCUCCUGAGAGGAUGAAGGUGGGAUUUGUUAGCUGUCCUUUGAGAUCAAAUGAGGUCAUUAAAAUUACUUAGAAUUCAGUUUUGAGGGUUUUCCCCUCCAUUUAUAUUAUUGUAAUCUAAUCACUAUACAGGCAGAUGUCACUGCAUUAAUUCAUAGACUCAUUGGUGUGGAGCUGGAAGGGACCUCAAGUACAGGUCUCCUCAUAUUUGAGUUCCUCUUAGUUGUCAUUCCUUACAAUUAAUCAAACAAGCAUUAUUGGAUGCCUGUAGUCAAGCCAUGUUAGGGAUUAUGGACACAGAAACACAAAUGACACUAUUCCUGCCCUCAGGAAGGGUUUAUCACAUCAUGAAGACACCAUGUAUCAUAAGUUUGUAAAAAUAAAUGCAAGCUAAUGUGAGGGAAGGAGACUCAGGGAAGGCUUCAGGCAGACUUAGAACUUGAGGUGAUUUUGAAAGAAAGCUGGUUUUAAGGGACAGAGGUGAGGGAAGGAGUGCAUUUUAAGCAUCAAAGCCAACAAACAGGUGGAAGAUGGAGAAUCUGUCACCAAUGGGCAAAUAUAAGAAAACCAGCAUGGGAGGACCAGAGAAGCCACAAAAGGGAGUGUCUGUAAAACAUUGGAAAUGUAAACUGGGACCAGAUUCUGAGGAGCUUUGAGUGCUAAACAUGACCCUGAGCGAGGCAGGAGCCACUGGGCUGUAUUGGGUGAAUUAGAGUGGAGCGGGACUGGAUGACAGGAAAGGUGUUGUGGAGGCUGAGCCCACAGGUCCUAAUGAAGGAAGCAAAGCCAGAUUGCCAGGGGCUGUAAGCAAAGACAAAAGUGAAGGGUUGGGGGGGAAGUUCUGGUUUUGGCCACUGUGAUCAUCAUCGUUGCUACUGUCAUUAUCAUGUAAUAUUUUUUCCUUCCGAGUUUUCUUCUCCAGUUGUGGAGCUGUGGUGGGGGUAAGGAGCAGUGGAAAAGGUGGCCAGAGCUGAUCAGUUCUCCCUGUCUCUUGUCUUCACGCAUCUCUGUCUCUCCUUGGACCCUAAGCUAGCCAGGUUCACCAACUCUCCAAGCCAGAGACAAAGGAGCUUGGGGGGAUGGGGGGAACUUUGAUUCUGCCAGGAUGAAUCUCAGCCAUGGCAGCAGGCUGGUGAUGGAGGUUUGGGGGGAAGGUUCUUGGAACCUCUCCAAGUCAUACUAUAGAAGAGGCUUCUAAAAACUUAGCCCUGACUUGCUAAUCUAAUGAUUGUGAAAAGGAUGAUGAAAAUCUCUAUGAACCUAUUGUGUUUAGAAUUUUAUUAACUACAUCACUGGGUUUUGUUUGACUUCUCCAAAGGAAUAUGACCUGGGAUUUGGGGGUCAUCCUCUUAGCUUUGCAUAUUAAGCAAAAUUGUGGGCCAGGUAAGAAUCAUUUUAGACUUUCCUUACCAGUUUUUAUAAAUGAAAUAUUUGUUAUUUAUGGACUUUUCUCUCAUGUACUCUACUUUUGGUUCUAAAGCAACUCUUUUUAUUUCAAGGUAAACCAUGUUAUUAGCCCAGAUAAAUCGAGAUUCUCAGGGAAUGACUGAGUUUCCUGGCGGGGGAAUGGAGGCUCAGCAUGUCACUCUUUGCCUGACAGAGGCCGUAACUGUGGCAGAUGGUGACAAUCUGGAAAACAUGGAAGGUGUCAGCUUACAAGCAGUGACCCUUGCAGAUGGAUCCACAGCUUAUAUACAACACAAUUCCAAAGAUGGAAAACUCAUGGAUGGCCAGGUUAUUCAACUCGAAGAUGGUUCUGCUGCCUAUGUCCAGCAUUUCCCCAUACCUAAGAGUAGGGACAGUUUGCGUCUAGAAGAUGGACAGGCAGUUCAGUUGGAAGAUGGAACUACUGCUUUUAUUCAUCACACCUCCAAAGAUAGUUAUGACCAGAGUGCACUGCAGGCCGUCCAGUUGGAGGAUGGCACCACUGCCUACAUUCACCAUACUGUACAAGUUCCCCAGUCUGAUACCAUCUUGGCUAUUCAGUCAGAUGGCACCGUGGCAGGCCUGCACACAGGGGAUGCCACUAUUGACCCUGAUACCAUAAGUGCUUUGGAACAAUAUGCCGCAAAGGUGUCUAUUGAUGGAAGCGACACUGUAACUGGUGCUGGGAUAAUAGGUGAAAAUGAGCAGGAAAAGAAAAUGCAGAUUGUGUUACAUGGACAUGGGACGAGAAUCACAGCAAAAUCACAGCAAAGCGGAGAAAAGACCUUUCGGUGCGACUACGACGGGUGUGGAAAACUCUACACAACAGCUCACCAUCUCAAGGUCCAUGAAAGGUCACACACAGGGGACCGGCCGUACCAGUGUGAGCAUCUUGGCUGUGGGAAGGCCUUUGCCACAGGUUACGGAUUAAAAAGUCAUUUUAGAACCCACACAGGAGAAAAGCCAUAUCGGUGUUCAGAAGAUAAUUGUACGAAGUCUUUUAAAACAUCGGGUGACCUUCAGAAACACAUUCGAACUCACACAGGUGAACGCCCCUUUAAGUGUCCCCAUGAAGGAUGCGGCAGGUCUUUUACUACAUCAAACAUCAGAAAAGUUCACAUUAGGACACACACGGGAGAAAGACCCUAUUACUGUACAGAGCCAGGAUGUGGGAGAGCAUUUGCCAGUGCAACGAAUUAUAAGAAUCACGUGAGGAUACAUACAGGUGAGAAGCCAUAUGUUUGUACAGUCCCUGGGUGUGAUAAACGAUUCACAGAAUAUUCCAGUUUGUACAAACACCACGUGGUUCACACUCACUCCAAACCAUACAACUGCAAUCACUGUGGGAAGACAUAUAAGCAGAUCUCCACCCUCGCGAUGCACAAGCGAACAGCUCACAACGACACAGAGCCUAUCGAGGAGGAGCAAGAAGCCUUUUUCGAGCCCCCUCCGGGUCAAGGUGAGGAUGUGCUCAAAGGUCCUCAGAUAACAUAUGUUACAGGUGUAGAAGGGGAAGAUGUUGUAUCUGCACAAGUAGCUACAGUAACUCAGAGUGGAUUGAGCCAGCAAGUAACACUCAUAUCCCAGGAUGGAACCCAACAUGUCAACAUAUCUCAGGCAGACAUGCAAGCCAUUGGCAAUACCAUCACAAUGGUGACGCAAGAUGGCACCCCAAUCACAGUUCCCGCUCAUGAUGCAGUUAUCUCUUCAGCAGGAACACACUCUGUAGCCAUGGUGACUGCAGAGGGUACGGAAGGACAGCAGGUGGCGAUUGUGGCCCAGGACUUGGCAGCCUUCCACACGGCCUCCUCAGAAAUGGCGCACCAGCCACAUGGGCACCAUUUGGUGGCCACAGAAGCCCGGCCGCUGACGUUGGUGGCCACGUCCAACGGAACACAGAUCGCCGUGCAGCUUGGAGAACAGCAGUCUUUGGAAGAAGCCAUCAGAAUAGCCUCCAGAAUCCAGCAAGGAGAGACGCCAGGCUUGGAUGAUUAACCUAGAUCUUGGGACCAUCCGGCGGAGAAUAUUUUCUUUUCACACAACAGAGACCCUUGCAGCCAGAGUCCUAGAACACUUGGAAGUUUCCCAUUCCUUGAUCCUCUGCACACAUUUUUAUGCACAAGUGGACAACGUCUCACGCUUGACCCUUGAAAUAGAUCGGUUGGGCUUGGUGACCACCAAGGUCCCUUCCAACUCUCAAAUCGGCAACUUUUGAUUUCCAACCUGACCCCAUGUGUAUGCAGAAAUAUGAAAUUAGGACUAGAUGGUAGAUUUUCCUGUUGUUACUCUUUUAUCGACUCUCAGACUACUGAAGUCUACCUGCAUGGCCAGUGCAGCUGUAGAAUUCUGCCCCAGGAUGAAUUUUAACUUUUAAGUACAUGAUCAAGGCUAUUCAGACACCUUCAGAUGUCUGAAAGGUCCUUACAAUCAUAAUUCCAGAAGCCAUUUCAAAUGACAAAAGGAUGCAAAGCCUUUAAGAAUGUUCCUCAAUUAGUAGGGACUUGGCAAUUUUGGUUCUACAUUUCUCCACUUUGAUUUCUGUCCCAGGUAGCUGGGUGACUGUUGUCUUCCCCGUCUUUGUUAAAUACAGCCUAUUCAGCCAAUUCCAUUAGCUUUACAUUAGAUUAUGUAAAAACUGAAAUGCUUUGGUUGUUCAGAAUUAAAAGGUUAAAUUCGAUACUUUGGUUUCCUUAAAGGUUUUACCUUAUGAGUUUGUUUUUGGUUUUGUUUUGUUUUUAAUAAUUCCAAUUAUGAUCAAGUAAAAUGUGACCACAAUGUCCAGGGAAGAAGGCAGGGCCAUGAUCCGAAGUGAAUUAACUCUGGGAUGAGUUCAGUGUAGCCUAUUUAUUUUUGUUUAACAUGUGUUAUAUCCUUGUUCCAAAGUUUAUUUAUCCUGUAGCUCAUUUUUUAAUGAAUCUAGUAGUUCAAUAAAUGAUAAUUUACUUUUAUUAAAUUGGGUGAAUAAAUUGCUGAGGAAAAACAGCUCAGAAACAUAAUGGAGACAACCACCAGGACUCUUUGGAAGCCUCUUGCAACAGAAUGAAGCUCAGCCUCGGGAAGAUUUUUUUUUUUACAGAUCAAUGGUUCAGAUUCUGCUUCAGUAGAAUUUCAGGCCAAAAAGGCAUUUCCUCCUUCCUCACUCCUUUAUUCCAGCAUUAUACUGUUCUUUGUACAGUUAAAAAACCCAAUGGUGGGAAUGUUUCAUUUCAAUUUGUACAGUUUAAAAGAAAACUUUAUUGUUUUUUUUUAUUAUUAUUAUUAUUGAAUAUAAAUGCUGUCUCUUA